AUGACUACUUCCUGUUCAUUCUCUAUAGAAUUACUACCUGAAUUUGGCUGGUCUAUCAAAGACACUCCAGUCUAUGGCCCUGGAUCCGUAUUCCAAGGCUUCGUAAAACUCAACAUUGAAUCGCUGGACCUGGUGGUUGAAAGAAUCAGACUUGCUUUUUACGCUGUUGAAACUAUUCCUCCAUUCGAACUGUCUCCUGGUGUAUUGCGCACCACAAAGAGAACGCUGUUUAGUGUCCAACAAGUGCUCUGGCACUCUCAGCAACAGACAUUGAAGCUAGACACAGAUGCUGAUUACUCGUUUCCAUUCACUAUUCAAAUGCCCAUGGUCCAAUUUCCACCUUCCAUGGACCACAGCUUUUAUCGUUGCGCAUUCCAACUCAUUGCCUUUGUUGAUACCCCCUCUUCGAUCGCUAGAUUGACAGAACCUAUACGCACAGAUAUUCCCAUUAUCUGUAUGCCCUAUGUUGAAACUAGCGUACUGAAAUCACCUCUUUUUAUGGUCUCGUCCAAAGCUCAUCUCACUGCCAAAGUCAAGAUGAGUGCACACGAUUUCGUCCCCAACGAAUCCAUCCCUGUUCGUCUUGAUAUCACUAGCAACAAACCUGCUCCUUCUGGUGGCUCGCUUCAGUACAUUACUGCUCAUCUCAAACUUGUCCAAACCUUACACAUCGUUGCUUUCGAUGAUCUCAAUGACCAAGUCACCACUGUUGCUAAAGCAUCUCACAAACUGCUAAUGAUUGAAUAUCUCGGUGGUAAGGGAACUUGUUGCCAGGCUGAUCUAGAGCUAAAGUUGCCUGCGGAUUUGACCCCAUCCUAUAAUUACGGUAACCUAGUGCAAGUCUCAUAUAAACUACAGAUCAGCAUAGAACAAAAGGGCCCAAUGGGUGGUAUAUGGAGCUAUAAUGUCAGCAUGGAUGAUGUACCAGUGACAAUUGGUACGCUGGGCUACGGUAUCAAAUCUUCGUCUGAACUCAAGAUGUACUCUCUGUUUGAACCAAGCUCUUCAUCAGGCAGUAAAUCUAUGCCUCUACCAAAAUUUAUGAAAGCAAUUGAAUAUGAAGACGCUCUACCCCUUUAUGAUGCUACUCGAUUACCCGAUUAUGAAUUACAAAGAUCACAACACCCCAUAUGUUAG